CUCGCCACUGGUCAUUAUUUUAGACACAAGCGAGCAGGCAACACACAAUUGAAAAUUUAAUGUGAGUUUCGAACCUGAUUUGGGGAAAUCAGUUCGAGCCGAACAAGCGUCAUGGAUGAGGAUCUCGCGAGUCAGUCGGCCGAUCCGAGGAGCGUGGACCAGGAUGCCUACUCGGAGAGUCGCUUUGGGGCGCGGAGCACCACCACCCUUGUGCGCGGACUGGAGUCCACCCGACUGAUUUUCAUGGGCGACAACUUCCAGCAGACGCGCAGCGACCACGAUGUCUUCUUCGACUGCAGGGACACCGCGGAGGACUCUCCCCAGGAGGGUCGCAGUGCCAGCAGUCGCUGCAAAAUGGACGACCCGGCCGCCUUCCGGGAGGCCUUGGUGCGGGCGGCCAACGACACGCAGGUGCUGCUGCGGAACUUCGACAAGGCGGGCGGCGGGUGGAACAAGCCGUGUGGCGUCACCCUGGAGCUCACCGCCCGGUUGGUGGACCCCAAGAAGUCGCGCGCCGGGUGUCCGCUGCACGGCAAACCCGUCACCGUCCAGAUGCCGCUGGAGUUCAAUCCGCAGGGCGGCCAGAGGAUCGGCCCCUGCCAGAAGAAGCAUUCUUCUGGAGGCAGACACCGCAAGGAGUCCGUCUGCCAGUGCCGCUCGCAGCAGGGGAUGCACUCAGCCUCGAGGAGCCCGAAGCCCAGCACAGAAUGCCCGGCUCUGAUGUACAUGCAGGAUGAGCGACAUUCCGACAGCGACCCCAACUCCCGCCACCAACAAACCGAUCUGUCCCACCUGAGAGACAACUGGAAGCCGUCGAAGCCCGCAAAGUCCCAUCACGAUUUGGAGGAUCCGCACUCCAAGCACUCGCAGACGGACGCCUCCCACUUGCGGAAGCACCACACGCCCAAGUACCCGGUAUCCGAGCCGGAACUAAAAUCGGAAACGGAUGUAGACGAGGGAGCGACCUGUUCCUGCAAGCCAAAGCGAUCCAAGUCCGCCGAUCCGCCGCCGGUCAAGCCCCAAAAGUGCGUCUGCAAUAAGGAUCCCAUUCCGUGUGGAGUGGACUCCGAUGCCCAAGAGAUUAGCCGAGCGAAGAAGCCCUGCUCCGUGAGAACCUCGCGGACGGAACACAGUGCCGGACCCUCGUUCCGAAGUGCCCUAACCGAUUGCACCAAGGAGCUCCUCGACGACUGCACCUGCGGCUCCAAUCCUCCUCCCUACUGGGCAGGCCAGAGCAACCUGGUCACAGGUCCCUCCUACAGCAGGGCGAUGGAUCCCCACAAGUCGAAGGCCGCCGGCAGCGCCUACAGGAGCAACCAGACCUUUGCUCCGGAUCCGAAUCAAGCCAGUUGCAGCCAGCACGGUCCCAAGAGCAUGGGCAGUAUGCCCAGCAAGGGGGCUCAGAGGAAUCAGAGCGGAGUCACCUGGUUGUCCGCCCUGAAGGAUCCGGAAUGCGACUGUUGCCCAGAUAAGGAACCACAGCCCGAUCCCUGCAGUGCCACGCCUUCAAAGAGGGAUCCCUGCAGUGCCACCCCAUCGAAGGUGGUUCCCUGCAGCGCUUCGCAAUCGAAGGGGGCUUCCUCGAUGGCAUCUCAUCCGGAGAGCCAGGCCCACUACCGCAGCAUGUCGUCCAGAUCCCGAUCGCGCAAUCCCUGCAGUCAGGCCUCCUUUGGUGUGGACUACGAGACCUCGGCCACCACGCGAUCCCAGUCGAUAGUGGGCAAGGUCACCUGUCUGUGUGGCUCGGAUGAGCAUCCCUCCCAGGGAUUCGUGUCCUCGCGGCCGGAUUCCUUGCACCACCAGCAGAGCAGCCUCGCGCCCUGCGGAUCCACCAGAAUACAGCAUCCGCCGGGAUUGCAGUCGCAGUUCGACGACUGCCAGACAUCGCAGGGCGGUCGCAGUGCCUCGUUCCGAUCGCGGAAGGUGAACCUCAGGGAUCACAGGGAGGAGUUCUGCGACUGCGACGCCUCCGACGGGUCCUCCGAAGACUCGGAUCCCAUCCAGACGAGCCUCCACACGCACAGAAGCCUCUCCGGCGCCAGUUGCCUUUGCGACGAGGACGAACCCGUGCCGGAGGAUCCCGCGCAGUCGUCCUGUGUCCACAAGGAGUGCCAGUGCUAUCUGAGUGCGAUCGAACCCCAGGAGGAGGGCACUGGGUACCAGACACCCGUGGAUCCCUGCGGAAAUCGAACCAUGCCCUGCUCCACGCGGAAGCAGCGCAUCCUUGAGCUGAUCGAGAAACUAACCACCUCCGGCUGCGACUGUGGAGUAGAUCGCUCCUGCAUGAUCCAGCAGCUGUUCCGGGAACUAACACUGAUUCUUCGGUCGGAGAAGGAGAGUGCAGUUGCGCCGGAGGACGAACCUUGUCCACCAGAAGUGCCCUUCGACGAGUGCUGUGCGACUCAACUUGAGCAGAAAGGCGACGAUGAGCCCGGCGAGAAACCCAAGUCGAAGAGGGAACUCCGGCGGGUGGAGUGCUUCCAUCAGCUGGAGGAGUACCUGCGAAAGUGCUUCCUGCCUCCGGCUGAGCCGCAGGUUCCGGAAACCGACAUCUACGCCUUUGAACUGGAUCCGGACUUCUCGGCAGAUGCCCCACUAUGUCCCGUGGAGGACCCGUGUGUUAUUCCACCGUGUCCAGAUAACUUCCAAGACAUUGGAGACCCGCGGACCUGCUCGGGAGAUGGCUUGGAUGGUGAGCUGUUCCUGGACUGCAUGGACGACGACGAGGAUAAGAAAGGCAGCAGCAAAAAGGAUUGUAAAUCUAACGAGCUGGCGGAACUUUGCCAAACGCUCAAGGACUUCAUCGGCACUCAGUUGCAGGAUCUGCAGGGCGGGGAACCCGAUGCAGCAGGAAACGAGCUGGAAAAGAAGACACCUAGCACAAUAUUCAAGGCGAUCUGUGAGGCCUCCACGAACACUGUUCCUUGCUCGCAGGAAGACAAAAGUGAGCAAGCCACUCCAUUGUGUCCUUUUGCCGGCAUGCUGUCCUGUCCUCCGUGGACCAAUGGGGAAACGGACAGAGCCGCCUAUCCAUGGAACAUCGAGCCCUGCGAGGAGAAGGAGCCAUCGGAGCCGAAGCCGAAGUGCCAGGGUUCCGGCCUCCUGCCCGAGGGACCCCUUCCACCCGAACUGAGGGAUCUCUGCGAGAAGCUCCUGCGCCAGGCGCUCAAGGACUGCGGACUGUGUCCUUGCGGCGACGCGACAACCGUUCACUCCUGCGAGGAGGAGGAGGAUCCCUUUCCUGCCGAGGGCAACGAGUGUCCGGAUUGCUGCGAGGAGGAGUGUCCCGAGGAGUGCCCCGAGGAGUGCCCGGAGGAUAAGCAGCAGGGAUGCCUGUGCUGCCACUGCCGCGCCCUCAUCUGCGACGACGAGUGCAAGACGGUGUCCAACACCCUGCGCUCGGCCACCUGCGAUCCUCUCUGUGAAAUGAAAUACUUUAUAGACUCGAUGAUUAUCGAUCUGCACGCCAUGGACUGUGUGCUGGGCAACAAAAAGGCAAAGCCCAAGGAUGUUAAAGCUUGUGACAUGACGAACAGGAAGUCACCGGGUGACAGUUUUCCAGUCACGAUUACCAGUGUCAGCGGCUUGGGCUGCAACGCUCUCUAUGUCAGAUGGGCGGUGGAGGACUGUAAGGGAAUAGGAGGAUAUGAAAUUUACGUGGAUGGGCAUUUGACGAACAGAUUCUACAGUUACCGGCACGAGGCCGGAGUGGUAACCAACGUGGACGUGACCAAUUGCCACCAGAUAGUGCUGCGGGCUGCCGUGGUGGGUCAGGAGUUUCCCAGCGAGGGGACAGACAAGGCGAAGGAGUGUUGCUGCCGGGUAGUGGCUGUCGCCAAUCCAGAAUUGGCGGCCGGAGCGGAGCGGCCGUGGACGCCCAGUGUCUUCUGGUAUGAUCCCAACCAAUUGCCGCCGGCGGACGGCGCGCAAGAGUGCUAGUCAAGAAUCAAAUAUCAAAUAUCGAGAAUCGAAUAUCGAAAGUGUAUCAUCGGUUAUCAUCACCGUUAUCGGAACAAAGGAGCUGGCCACUCCCUCACGUUUUAGCUUGUACAUAUAGCCUACUUACAUGUAGUGUUUGUUAAGAGUUGUUCUUCUGGAAGGAAACCCAUUGAAAUUACCUGUACGUAGUGCUUUGCAUAGUGCCUUAAAUCGUAGUAACGUACUAGUGUGUAAGCGGAGAUCAAUGCAUUGUAAAGGAAUUGACGCAGAUUACUCCUUUCAGAUGGCACGUGUUAGUUGAAUACCAAAUUCACUUUUAAUAAAUGAAUCUCAUUGUUAGAGAUGCCACUUUA